GGUGGUGCCCAUAGCAAACACUGGAACUCCGGCCUAUUGCAUCCUGCGCUCCACUGCAGGAGAGCUCCACAUUGUGUACUGCGUCUGCGAGCAGAGCUACCGGGAGACCUGAAAUAACCGCGGUAUACCGCAGAACUAGACUCGACACUACAACACAGCUGCUAAUAGGGCCCCUUAAUCCCCAGUCUUCUGCACAAUGACAGCCGAGGAACUCAAAACAGAGGGACCCCAGAACAUAGCCAUGGAGGGGACAGACAUCACUCCAAAAUGCGACCAGGGGGUGCUGAAGCUGAUAAAGAAGGAAGGCACAGGGGAGGAAUGUCCUAUGAUUGGGGACAAAGUUAGUGUACAUUAUACAGGAUGGCUAUUGGAUGGGACUCAGUUUGAUUCCAGCAGAGAUAGGAAGGACAAAUUCACAUUUGACCUGGGGAAAGGACAAGUUAUCAAGGCAUGGGACAUUGCUGUGGCAACUAUGAAAAUUGGAGAGAUUUGUCAAAUUAUUUGUAAACCAGAGUAUGCCUAUGGGGCUUCAGGCAGUCCUCCUAAAAUCCCACCCAAUGCUGUGUUGGUUUUUGAGGUGGAGCUUUUUGACUUUCAAGGUGAAGACCUCUCUGGGGAAGAUGAUGGCGGAAUCAUACGAAGGAUUAGAGUUAAAGGCGAAGGCUACUCCAGGCCCAAUGGUGGGGCUAUAGUGGAGUUGUAUUUGAGGGGUACACAUGCUGAACGAGUAUUUGAUGAAAGGGACUUGCAGUUUGAAGUAGGAGAAGGAGAAAGCCUUGGGAUCCCACCUGGUGUAGAGAAAGCUGUACAGCAGAUGGAGAAGGGUGAAGAAGCAGUGCUGUAUCUGAAGCCGAAAUAUGGGUUUGGAAGUGCUGGCAACGAAAAAUUCCAGAUCCCUCCUGGUGCUGAUGUGCAAUAUGAAGUCAAACUUAAAAGCUUUGAAAAGGCAAAGGAGUCUUGGGAAAUGAACACGGAGGAAAAGCUGGAACAAGGACUUCUGGUUAAGGAGCGGGGAACACAGUUUUUUAAGGAAGGUCGUUACCGUCAGGCUGUUAACCAGUAUAAGAAAAUCAUGUCAUGGUUGGAACAUGAGUCGGGUCUCUCACCAGAAGAGGACAGCAAAGCAAAAUCACUGAUCCUUGCAGCCUCCCUUAAUUUAGCUGCUUGCUUCCUAAAACUAGUGGAACAGCGUGCAGCCCUGGAGCAUUGUCAGAAGGCUUUAGAGUUGGACCCUGUUAAUGAGAAAGGCCUGUUCCGACGAGCUGAAGCCUACAUGGCGGUGAAUGAGCUGGAGCUAGCACGGGAGGAUUUCUUGAAAGUGCUCCAACAGUAUCCAAAUAACAAGGCUGCAAGAGUUCAGCUAGGGCAGUGCCAGCAACGCAUCCGCCAGCAGCAAGAAAAAGAGCGGAAGAUCUAUGCUAAUAUGUUCCAAAGACUGGCAGAAAAGGAGAGCAAGGAGGAAACCAUGCAAGUUUCACAGCAACAACCUUCCAACAGUGAUGUCGAGAUGAGUGAUGGAAAAGCAGUGAAUGAAGAAACUGAGCCAGACGCAGCCAUGGACAGUUCAUCCGCAUAGAAUCUUUAGAAAUCUGUAUUAUCAGGACUCAAAUUACUUUAUGUUAAAGGAAGUGAGGGAUGUUGCAGGGAUGGUGUGAACGGUUUGCGGUACAGACAUAACACACUCUCUACCCUCCUCUUGAGCUGUGGUGGCAUUUUUUGGGGGGUUCUUUUCAUUCCAGCCUCUUCACACAUUGUGUCUCAGGAUUUUCUGCUCAAUGCUUGGCUUGAUAAAGGGCAGAAUGUGUAUAGACUGUUCCUACCAUAUUUGGGCCCAUUCCCGGACCUGGAAGUCGUUCUAUUUAAUCCCCUCCAGUAUGUGUUCUCUGAAGAGGGUUAUGAUAUCCUUAAUUAUUCCCCUUUCUUGUCACGGUUCAGCAGCUAUAGAACAUUUUAGUUUCUCAUGAAUCUUACCUACUUGGAAUCUUGUAUCUACCUUCAUCAUUCUCUGUUUCUCAAUUGUCCUCUACCCUCCUUGUUUUGUCCCAAUGUUUCUUAUACCUUUGUAAUAUUGUUUCAUUGUGUUAAUAUCCUGUACAUUUUAAAUAAAUGAAAUGGUUUUUCAUGUGUUCUUCAGGUGGGGCAUGAGAUUUUAUUAGCAUUCUUAUGCUUUUCGUAUGUAUAUGGGUUAAUCCUGAUUUUUGUAUGUGUGUAAUUUUUUAAUUAAAAUUUGUAUAUAUA